GCCCGACGCUCACUCAAAAUCCAUUCAUAAAUAAGACAUUUUUGAAGCAUAGCUACAUCGGAUAAAUAAUUUCAGGACACAAAUGUGUUGUAACGUUUUUAGCGAACAAUUGCAAGAGACUCGCAGCAAAAAGAGUUUCCAUCCUAGUCAGCGCAUUCGACUCGGGGCGAUGUGUAAGUGGAACCGAGGACUGAAAUACCAAUGGAACGGUGAGAGUUAUGAUGGCAGCUAAAGAAGAGCUUUACACCAAAGUCACACCGCGGAGGCAGCGCCAGAAUCGACCUGGCACUGUAAAACAUGGGUCGAGUCUGGACGUGCUGCUGUCCAUGGGAUUCCCCAAGACCAGGGCGCUAAAAGCUCUGGUGUCUACAGGAGGCAGAAAUGUGCAGGCAGCUUGUGAUUGGUUGUUCUCUCAUGUGGACGACCCAUUUCUGGACGACCCUCUCCCCAGGGAGUACGUAUUGUACCUGCGCCCCAGCGGCCCCCUGCUCCACCAGCUCAGCACCUUCUGGCAGCAGUCACGGGUCACCUGCGGCAAGAACAAGGCCCACAACAUCUUCCCUCACAUCACCCUCUGCCAGUUCUUCAUGUGUGCGGACGGUAAGGUGGAGGCCCUGAGUGAGGCCCUACAGGCUACUGUGGGGUCAUGGAGGGGUCGUUUCCCUAACCCUCUCCCCCUGGAGCUCUACACCUCCUCCAACUUCAUAGGCCUCUUUGUGGAGGAGCAGGUGGCAGAAGUACUGAAGGACUUUGCCGCUGACUUCGCUACGGAGGCGGCUACGAAAGCAGAUGUGCACGUGGAGCCCCAUAAGAAGCAGCUCCAUGUGACCCUGGCCUACCACUUCCAGACCAAUCACCUGGCUGCCUUGGAGAAGCUGGCCAAGGGAGUGGACAUAUCAUUGGGCUGCGAUUGGCUGGCCGUGCUCUUCUCCCGGGACAUCCGAUUUGCCAACCACGAGACGCUGCGUGUGAUGUACCCAUACGCGCCUCAGAACGAGGACGAGCUGGAGCUGGCGCCUGGGGACUUUAUCUUCAUGACCCCCGUGGAGCAGGGUAGUGCCAGCGAAGGCUGGGUCUAUGGCACGUCUCUGGGCACGGGGCUACCUGGACUGCUGCCUGAGAACUAUGUCAGCCGGGCAGAUGAGUGUGACACCUGGGUCUUCCAUGGAUCUCACUCUUUCAGCAACCCCGCCUCCCCGUCCAACGCUGGGGGUGCAGUGGGCGGCCUGUUAUUUGAUGGACAGCUCGACAGACGUUUUCUUGAUGACCCGGGAGAUCCAUCCAGCCUCACUGUCCUGUGUCCACCUGUCCAGAUGCUGAGGCCCACCACUCAGUCGUGUCUUCCCAAGAGGAGUCUGUUUGUGUGUCGCCAUGGUGAGAGGAUGGAUGUGGUGUUUGGGAAACACUGGAUCACUCAGUGCUUCGAUGCUAAAGGCCGAUAUGUUCGCUCCAACCUCAACAUGCCGUCUAGUUUGCCAACGAGAGGUGGAGGCUUCCGGGACUACGACAAAGACUGUCCAAUCACAGUGUUCGGCUCCACUCAAGCCCGCCUUGUGGGCGAAGCCCUGUUGGAGAGCCACACGGUGAUAGACUUUGUGUACUGUUCUCCCUCGCUGCGCUGUGUCCAGACUGCCCACAACAUCCUCAGAGGUCUACAGCAGGAGGGGAAGACUAAGAUCCGUAUAGAGCCUGGUCUGUUUGAGUGGACCAAGUGGGUGUCUGGCACCGCUCUCCCUGCCUGGAUCCCUCCCACUGACAUGGCCGCUGCUAGCCUGAGUGUGGACACAACCUACAGACCUCAUAUUCCCAUCAGCAAGCUUGGCGUGUCAGAGUCCUAUGACACCUACAUCAGCCGGAGCUUCCAGGUCACCAAGGAGAUUCUGACAGAGUGCAAAAACCUGGGAAACACUGUGCUGAUCGUGGCCCAUGCUUCCUCCCUGGAGGCAUGUACUCGCCAGAUGCAGGGACUCAGCCCACAGAACGCCAAGGACUUUGUACAAGUGGUCAGGAAGAUUCCUUACCUAGGUUUCUGUGCGGCUGAGGAGAUGGGGGAGACAGGGGUGUGGCAGCUGGUGGACCCACCCAUCCUUCCAUUAACCCACGGGCCCAAUCACAGCUUCAAUUGGAGGGAUACGCUACAGCAGGACUGAGGAAGUCCUUCCCCGCCCCAUCAUCCCAGCAGCCCAGAGAGACACUGCUGAGCUAAGACGGAUGCAGCCAACGCAAGCGCAAAGCAAACAUUUCCUCUGCUAUCUAACUAGCGCGGUAAACGUACACACACACACACACACACACACACCGCUAUCAAAACCAGACCAAAAAGGCCCAGCUUUCAUCGCAGACACUGUGUAAACACACUCGUUGAAUGAGUCUAUAUACACUGAGUGUACAAAACAUUAGGAACACCUUCCUAAUAUUGAGUUGAACCCCCUUUUGCCCUCAGA